CUCGAUGUAAAAAACAAAACAAAAAAACCACCGGAGUCACAAAUCGAGUUCACCAAAUGGGAAUGCCACCUUUAAACAGCCACAGAAAGUGUGGAGUCGGUAGGUACAAAAGUGCAAUAAAACAACUUUGUGCUGCUGAAUAUAACCGAUAUGACUGAGUUUUGAACGCACAAAAGCCUGUCAUCAAUCCCCCAAGACAUCCAUGUGUAUCAUUUUCUUCAAGUUUGACCCGCGGCCCGCAUCAAAAAAUGCCUACAGGCUGAUUUUGGCUGCAAACAGAGAUGAGUUUUACAACAGGCCAUCCAAGGUUGCAGACUUCUGGGGGCCCAACAGUGAAGUUCUCAGUGGCCUGGACCUGGAACUCGGUAAAGAAGGAGGAUCAUGGCUGGGCAUCAACAAGAGUGGCAAGUUGGCCGCAAUCACAAACUAUCUGGAAGGACGGCCCAACCCAGAGGCACAUGGACGAGGUUUUAUUGUGUCAAACUACCUCGUAGAUAAGGAGCUGGACAGCUACUCUUACCUGAAGAAGAUAUCAUCAGAAAGUCACUUGUACAAUGGCUUCAACCUCCUCACAGCAGAGUUCAAAGCCAAGCAGGAUCGUGUGUGUUACUAUGGAAACAGAGGCAGCACUGAACCUAUCCAUCUAAAACCAGCAGGAAUCUACAGCUUGAGUAAUUCCCUCCUGGACACCCCAUGGAAGAAACUGCUGCGAGGAAAGCGCCACUUCACCAGCGUCGUCAACAACCAGUCACUGUCCUGCGAAGGACUGGUGCAGGAGCUCCUGGGUGUACUGAAUAAUGAAGAACUGAAUUGUCCUGAUCCAGCUCAGGAGAGCCAGGCUGAGGGCGGCUACAGCAAGUCCCUGGUCCAGGCUCUGUCAGCUGUGUGUGUUCGCAGUCCUAAAUAUGGCACAAGGACCAACACAAUUAUCCUGAUUGACGCAGAGAGCAACGUGACUUUCACGGAGCGCACCAUGCUCGACUGCGACACAAACAACUGGCACAGCAGCUCUUUCCGAUUUAAGCUGCACACAUGAAGACGUGACGAAGG